CGCAUCUCCACCCCAGAGUGCACCGAUAACGAUAACCUUAAAAGCGGCAAUGCCCCACGCCCCUGUGGGGUUGGUGGAGAGUGAAUGCAGAUCGUGAAUUCCCCAUUCUUUCUUUCCGUGUCAAUCUGUUUCCCGCUUCUCUUGUUCCCCAACACUGAACUUGUUUGCUUCUCCCGUCAGAUCUCAACCGUCUCCCUCAUUCAUUCCAGCUUGUCAACCUGUUGGUCCGCCACCACGAAUCUGACACCGCUCGCAAGAGGACCUACUUGCAUCGUCUCAAAUGCCAGUCUGAGAAGCGUUCGCAUGUGCGUCAUCUGCCAGGGACGGCUAGGGGAGUACAUCGACCCGUUCGUCGGUACCAUUCGAGCCGUCAUGAGCGCGUACGGGAAAGUUCCAUGUUGUUGGCGUUGGCGCGCUCACGUUCCAUCGUCAUCACGGACGGCUCGGUUGCCAGCAGCAAACGCCCUUCUUACCUGCCGACCUGACCCCGCGUCUCCGGCAUUUGCACUUCAGUUGGCGAUCUGCUCAGCCCGAGGCAGUAUCCUUACCAAGUCUGUCAUCAAAUUCCACCAUCGUUUACAACUGAUGUUGCGCAUGUUCUCUUCUCACUCUUUACUCUAGGUCCAACAUCCUCUGACAGUACUAUGUUUUCGCGGGUAUGGACGAAAGAAUACUGCGUACACCAAGUGGUGUGCCUGUUCCUUCAGCGACAAGCAAAUGGCGCUGCUGAGGGACCAGUCAAGAUACAUACGAAGACUCAGGAUGUCCAUAUUUUGUCGGCCACAACUUCCUGGGCCUUCAAUAUGGAAUUACAGGCGGC